UCAACGCUUGCUUAGCAACGACACAGUGGUGUCCCUCAAUGGAUCAUUUGCCGCAGUGCUCGGACCGGCGAUGUGUUGAACAGGCUUGUUACAUAAGUGGGAUUUAAGAAAGGGUCAAAAUGGCGAGAAGACAAAAUGGUGUGAUCGAUGUUGACGACAACGCACCCUUUCUGUCCGAGUACUCGAAGCGGUACCCCUCCCACCCGAUCCCCCCGCGGGAGAGCUACAAACCCAACUACGAGCCUGUGAGGGCGGACGCGGACAUGGAGAACAAGACCACGACCAGACAAGACUAUCCCGAAUGGGAGCUGCCUGAACGGAAACCCAGAGAACGAGCUUUGUGGAACCCUCCGAAAGAUCCCUUCUUAGGUUCAUCAACAGCUAAAGAUGAUUUUAAGGGAAGCUAUUUACCGAAACAAAAGAGCUAUAAACCCAAUUCUGACCCAUACAGAUCUGAUGCACCGAUUGAAAGUAAGACUACCUCGCGAUCUGAUUAUCCUGAACACAAGAUAGAACCCCGUCAAAAGCGACAAAUUCAGGCAUACCAGAAACCAGAAGUUCGCAUGGAAGGAGAUACGAUCAAUCGUUUGAACUAUCCUGAACACGAACUGACUCCAAGGCAAAGUUUUAAACCUGCAAAUACUGUUCUGAGUUCCAAAGACCCUUUCGAUAACAAGACCAUCACUCGUUCAGAGUAUCCUGAGCACCCAAUAGAACCAAGAAAAAGGCGGGAUCCUCACCAGUAUGUGAAACCAGAUGGGAAAAUGGAUGGAACUUCUACUUCCAAAUCUGAAUUUCCAGAGCAUUCUAUACAGCCACGGCAGAGUUACAAACCAGCAAACGCUGCACUAAAGUCUGAGGAUCCUUUUGAUGGGAGCACAACAAGCCGAAAAGAAUACCCUGAGCAUCAUAUUGAGCCAAGGAGAAGACGAGAGGUCCAGCAGUAUGUCAGACCAGAAGGUACAAUGGAGGGUAAUACAUCUAACCGUCUUGAUUUUCCUGAACAUUCAAUAUCUCCCAGGAAGAGUUAUAAACCAACCAGUACUUUUGAGAAAUCUGGGGACCCCUUUGAUGAUAAAACUACAGCAAGACGUGACUUUCCAGAGCAUGCAAUAGAACCCCGGAAACGACGGGAGGCUCAACUGUAUGUUAAACCUCUUGAUAAAAUGGAAGGUGUAUCCACAAGUAAAGCUGAGUUUCCUGAGCAUCAGAUAACCCCGAGGCAAAGCUACAAACCUUCUCACAGUGUUCAGAGAUCUGAGGAUCAAUUUGAGAAGCAAACGACCACUAAGUUUGAUUAUCCUGAGCAUACAGUCGCACCACGCCAGAAGAGACAGCCAAGGCAAUAUGUGCAACCUGAAGGUAAGAUGGAUGGUACUACUACAACUCAGUCUGCCUUUCCCCAGUACGAACUUUCACCUAGGAAGAGCUACAAGCCUGCAAACAGCGUUUUGAAGUCAGAGGAUCCAUUCGACAAUACAACAACUGCGAGGCAGGACUAUCCAGAACAUGCCAUUGAACCAAGACAAAGAAGAGAACAGCAGAAAUAUGUCAAACCAGAAGGAACGAUGGAGGGUCUUUCUACCACCAGAUCAGAAUUUCCUUUACAUGAAUUGCAAAAGAGACAGAGUUUCAAACCUGCUAAUACUGUCCAACCUGCUACGGAUCGAUUUGAAGAUAAGACCACCUCAAGGCAAGACUUCCCAGAACAUACUGUGGAACCCAGGAAGCGCAGAGAAUACCAGCAGUAUGCCAAGCCUGAAGGUGUCAUGGACGGUGUAUCAACAAGCCGAUCAGAGUUCCCUGAACAUCAACUCACCCAAAGGCAAAGCUUCAAGCCUGCUAAUAAUGUUCAGAAGUCAGAUGAUCCGUUCAAUGAUAACACUACCUCUAGGCAAGAUUUUCCUGAGCACAGAAUUGAACCUAGACAGAGACGCCAACCUCAACAGUACAUGAAACCAGAUGGAGUAAUGGAGAAGAACACGUCCAAUCAUUUGGAUUAUCCUGAACAUGAACUGUCACCACGAAAGAGUUAUAAGCCUUCAAAUUCUGUACAACGAUCCGAGGACCCAUUGGAAGAUAUAACAACAGCUAGACAGGAUUAUCCUGAACAUAAGGUUGAACCUCGACAGAGAAGAGCGAUGCAUCAAUAUGUAAAGCCUGAAGGCAAGAUGGAGGGUGUGUCUACAAACCGAUUGGAGUAUCCUGAGCACCAACUUACUCCAAGACAGACUUUCAAACCUGCAAAUGCUGUUGUCAAAUCUGAUGAUCCAUUUGAAGAUAAAACUACAGCCAGAUCAGACUACCCUGAACAUCAAAUCGAGCCAAGGGAGAGGCGACAGCCUCAGCAAUACCUUAAACCAGAGGGGAAAAUGGAGGGGGGCACCACCAAUCGCUCAGACUUUCCUGAACAUGAAAUCACACCCAGGCAAAGUUAUAAGCCAGUGAACUCUGUGCAGAGAUCUGAAGAUCCUUUUGAUGAUAAGACUACAGCAAAGCAGGAUUAUCCUGAACACAUGAUUGAGCCUCGAAUGAGGAAACAGCCACAACCUUAUGUGAAACCAGAUGGUGUGAUGGAUAGUAACACAUCCAACCGUAUUGACUUUCCUGAACAUGUCCUUUCACCUCGCCAGAGUUAUAAACCCAGUAAUUCAGUACAGCAGUCAACUGAUCCCUUUGAAGAUAAAACAACUGCCAGACAGGAUUUCCCUGAACACAUUAUUGAACCUCGGCAGAGAAGAGCACCCGAAACAUAUGUGAAGCCUGAAGGAAAGAUGGAAGGUUUGUCCACAAACCGAUUGGAAUAUCCUGAACACCAACUCACACCAAGACAGAGUUUCAAACCUACAAAUGCUGUUCUGAAGUCAGAUGAUCCAUUUGAAGAUAAGACAACAGCCAGAUCCGACUACCCUGAACAUCAAAUCGAGCCAAGGCAGAGGCGACAGCCUCAGCAAUACCUCAAACCAGAGGGGAAAAUGGAAGGGGCUACAACCAAUCAUUCAGACUUUCCUGAAUAUGAAAUCACACCCAGGCAAAGUUAUAAACCAGUGAACUCUGUGCAGAGAUCUGGAGAUCCUUUUGAUGAUAAGACUACAGCAAAGCAGGAUUAUCCUGAACACAUGAUUGAGCCUCGAAUGAGGAAACAGCCACAACCUUAUGUGAAGCCAGAUGGUGUGAUGGAUAGUAACACAUCCAACCGUAUUGACUUUCCUGAACAUGUCCUUUCACCUCGCCAGAGUUAUAAACCCAAUAAUUCAGUACAGCAGUCAACUGAUCCCUUUGAAGAUAAAACAACUGCCGGACAGGAUUUCCCUGAACACAUUAUUGAACCUCGGCAGAGAAGAGCACCCGAAACAUAUGUGAAGCCUGAAGGAAAGAUGGAAGGUUUGUCCACAAACCGAUUGGAAUAUCCUGAACACCAACUCACACCAAGACAGAGUUUCAAACCUACAAAUGCUGUUCUGAAGUCAGAUGAUCCAUUUGAAGAUAAGACAACAGCCAGAUCAGACUUCCCUGAACAUCACAUUGAGCCAAGGCAGGUACCACAACCCCAGCCAUACCUCAAACCAGAGGGGAAAAUGGAAGUGGCUACAACCAAUCGUUCAGACUUUCCUGAAUAUGAAAUCACACCCAGGCAAAACUUUAAGCCAGUAAACUCUGUGCAGAGAUCUGAAGAUCCUCUAGAGGAUAAAACUACAACGAGGCAGGAUUAUCCUGAACACAUGAUUGAGCCCCGAAAGAGGAAGGCGCAACAGCAGUAUGUGAAACCGGAUGGUGUGAUGGAAAGUAACACAUCUAACCGUAUGGACUAUCCUGAACAUGCCCUCGCACCUCGAGAAAGUUUUAGACCUUCAGACGCUGUUCAAAAAUCAGAUGUCCCCUUCGAGGAUCAAACAACUGCGAGAAUGGACUACCCAGAGCAUCAGAUUGAGCCUAGACAGAGGAGAGAGCAUUUGAAGUAUGUGAAACCAGAUGGAAAAAUGGAGGGGCUCACCACCAACCGAUCAGACUUUCCAGAACAUGAGCUCACUCCACGUGAAAGUUUCAAACCUGCAGGCACAGCUCUACAUUCUGAUGUACCAUUUGAUGGCAACACCACAAAUCGGUCUGAAUAUCCAGAACAUGAAAUUCAGCGACGGGCCAAACGACUUCCACAGGAGUAUGUAAAACCAGACGGGAAGAUGGAAGGUGAUACAACGAACAGGGCUGAUUAUCCUGAACAUGCCAUCUCUCAAAGAGUUAGUUAUAAGCCUGUUAAUUCUGUCCAGAAGUCUGAUGAUCCUUUUGAUGAUAAGACCACCACUCGUGAAGAUUACCCUGAACACAUUAUAGAGCCAAGAUUAAGAAGGGAGGCCCAGCAGUACACCAAGCCCGAAGGUGCCAUGGAAAGUAACACAUCCAAUCGACUAGACUACCCUGAACAUGCAUUAUCUCAACGGGAGAGUUUCAAACCCAAUGAUGCAGUUCAGAGAUCAAAUGUCCCCUUUGAUGAUCAAACAACGGCGAGAACGGACUACCCAGAGCAUCAGAUUGAGCCUAGACAGAGGAGAGAGCAUUUGAAGUAUGUGAAACCAGAUGGAAAAAUGGAGGGGCUCACCACCAACCGAUCAGACUUUCCAGAACAUGAGCUCACUCCACGUGAAAGUUUCAAACCUGCAGGCACAGCUCUACAUUCUGAUGUACCAUUUGAUGGCAACACCACAAAUCGGUCUGAAUAUCCAGAACAUGAAAUUCAGCAACGGGCCAAACGACUUCCACAGGAGUAUGUAAAACCAGACGGGAAGAUGGAAGGUGAUACAACGAACAGGGCUGAUUAUCCUGAACAUGCCAUCUCUCAAAGAGUUAGUUAUAAGCCUGUUAAUUCUGUCCAGAAGUCUGAUGAUCCUUUUGAUGAUAAGACCACCACUCGUAAAGAUUACCCUGAACACAAUAUAGAGCCAAGAUUAAGAAGGGAGGCCCAGCAGUACACCAAGCCUGAAGGUGCCAUGGAAAGUAACACAUCCAAUCGACUAGACUACCCUGAACAUGCAUUAUCUCAACGGGAGAGUUUCAAACCUAAUGAUGCAGUUCAGAGGUCAAAUGUCCCCUUUGAUGACCAAACAACGGCGAGAACGGACUACCCAGAGCAUCAGAUUGAGCCCAGACGAAUAAGAGAACCUGUUCAGUAUGUGAGACCAGAAGGCAAGUUUGAAGCCAUGUCCACAAACAGAUCUGAAUUCAUCGAACAUGAAAUUACCCCAAGGGAAAGUUAUAAGCCACACAAUGCACCUCUUCAAACAGGAGUUCCUUUAGAUGAUCAAACUACGAACAGGGUGGAUUAUGGUGAACAUAAGGUGGAACCUAGAAUAGCUAUUCAAAAAGAACCUUACAGGAAGCCAGAAGGUGACAUGAAUUUCAGCACAACAAACAGAGACAACUACACAGAAAAGGCAGCAGCCAGGGAGCCAGUCAAACGUCCCGAGUCAGCACAUAUCAUAGAAAUGAAUGGACAUUUUGAUUCAGGAACAAGCUAUGGGUCUGAUUUUAAGGGUUAUGACAUUACCCCUCGUGAACUAUUCAAUGCGAAGGAUAAUUACCAGCGACCAACAGUACCCAUGGAAACAGCUACUAGUCAACAUCUUGACUAUCCCCAGCACCAGCUACCAUCGAAAGUUCCUCACAAAGUGGUGACCUACACUGCUCCUACUGUGCAGUUUGAGGGGAGUACAACAACCUCUGACAGCUAUAAGGGGAAUUUUGUACCUAAGCAGAAGAGUUAUAAGCCUAGUGGGGAGCCCUAUCGAUCAAAUGUUCCAUUAGAUGGCACAACCACAGCCAAAAGUGAUUACCAAGAACACAAGAUUGAACCACGCCAAGUCGUCGUUCCUGAACCCUAUAGAAAGCCUGAUGGCAAAAUGGACUUCAGCACAAUAAAUCAACAGCAGUUCACUUCCAAAGCAUCACCAAGAGAAACUAUCAAGAGACCAGAGUCAUCCCAUGUCAUGGAAAUGAAUGGUAAAUUUGAAGGCUCCACUCGGUAUAAUGCUGACUUUGUAUCCCAUGGUGUACAUGCAAGAGAGGUUGUCAAGAAAAGCCAGAACUAUGUACCUCCAGCUGUGAAAAUGGAAGGCAAUACCACCAAUAGAAUGGCCUUCACUGAGAAGAACCUUGAACCGAGGCAAAGUUUCAAGCCUCCCUCAGAUGUGCAAAAGCAUGAUAUACCUUUUGAUGGUAGAACUGGUUACAGUGACACCUUUGUUGGUCACGAAAUACAACCCAAACAGGUGAAGGCAAAAUCUGAGUAUGUUGCUCCAGCCACUAAGUUCUCUGGUUCAACGACAACUGGUGACAGCUACAAAGGAACGUUCGCCCCAAAACAGCAGAGCUACAGACCUAGUGGGGAACCUUACACAUCUGGUAUUCCAUUGGAGGGUACAACUACAGCCAGACAGGAUUUCAAGGAACAUAAAGUGGAGCCAAGGUGGGUCAAAGAGAGACAGGUUUAUACAAAGCCAGAGGGGGGAUUUGAUUUCAACACAACGAACAAAUUAAACUUCACAGCGAAGGACACGCCGAGGCAAACUGUGAGCAAACCUUUGUCAUCUGGAGUCAUGAAGAGUGGUGGUCAAUUUGAGGGAUCAACCAGCUAUGGUGCUGACUUUAAGACUCAUCACAUCAAUUCCCGAGCUGUGAAGAAGAAUCAAGAAUAUGUGUCUCCAGCAGUACCUAUGGCCAGUGAUACGACAAGCAGAAGGGACUUCACACAGCAUACUCUGACCCAGAGACAGAACUUCAAACCAACACAUACUGUUCAGAUGUCACAGGAACCAUUCAUUGGUAGCACGGGUUAUAGGGACACAUUUAAAGAACAUCAGUUAUCUCAGAAGACAGUCAAACAGAAGGAAGAAUAUAAUCACCCCAAAGUACCAUUCCAUGGCGUCACAACAAAUAUGCAAGACUUCACAGACAAGACGGCCCCCAAGAGGGGAGCAUUUAAGCCAGUAGAAAAUACAGUCAGGUCAAGUGCUCCUGUGGAGAGUACCACUACAGCAAAGCGUGAUUAUGGUAGUUACAAAGUUGGGAGUCGACCUGUGAAGAGACAGGAGGCUUAUGUCCGACCUGAGGGACAGAUGGAUCUUAGAACGACAAACAAUGAGUACUUUAAACAGCCUGAAGCGACGGGGAGACAGGCUUCUACAAGACCCGCUUCAUCAGGGGUACUCAAGUUCGGGGGAAACAUUGACUUCAGCACGAACUACAGCAAUAGUUUCCAGAAGUCUGAAGCUACAAACCGUCCCGAGCGGAAGGUAAAAGAAGCCUUUGUCCCGAAUCCCAUACCCUUUCAGGGUAUGACGACUCAUCAGUCUGAGUUCAUUAACCGCCAUGGCUCCAAAGCCCUUAGUUUCAAACCUGAUCCAGUUCCCUUCUCUAGUAAUGCCAAGUUCGAUAACUCUACUACAUACAGCGCUGAUUUCCACAAAGGAACUCCUCCUUGGAUGCAGAACGUUCCUGGUCCGGUCACUGUUGGUGCACAAGCAUGAAGAAAUGAACUGAACUGAUCCAUAAACUGAACAAUUUCGGUGUUUAGCUCAGACUCUUUAACUCACAAUGUGUGAUGGCCAUAACAAACUCACAACAUGCUCGCGCUGCUUUUUUUGGUACACUUUGCUUAACAACCGCUUAUCAAAAGCAACAUGUCUCACUAUUAAAAUUCUCACCUUACUUCGCAACACACGUUUUAUCACCCCAGUUGAUAGUAACACUGGUAUUAAUAACCAUAAAUUUUUGAGAAAUUAAUUUUUGCUUUGUUUGCAGUUUUGUUCUUAGUGGUUUAAUUCUUCUUUCAUUGUUAUAUUAUUUAUUUGUUUCUGCUUUUUUAAGAUGUUAACGCUCUGACCAACGAAAAAAAGUUUUCAUUUUCUCUCCGUAAAUAACCGAGAGGUUAUUUCAAAUAUUGCAUCAUUAUAUUACUUUAUGCAUUUUCGUUAGUGUAUUGUUUUUAUUUUUUAUGUGCAGCUGCUUGAUAUAAUAUAUAUGGUGUUGUGAAUAUUAAGUUACGCAGACUUUUAGUCGUUGUUUUAUUGUGCAGUAGGGUUGUUCUCUUCUGUCACCUGUUAUUUCAAGGCACAUUCUACUUCACUACCAUGUGAAUGUCUGACCUAAGGGAAGUAACUCUGUAUGACAUUGCGUUGAACAGUUUCACGAUUACCUACUUCAUUUCAAUUAUGUUGCACUAAAGAACUGUUGGGCUCUUAUUUUAGAAAAGAAUAAAUCUUGGUCUCUUUUUAAACAAAUAUUUUUAUAAAUGUGACUUUCAUAUGGGUUAUUGGUUUAGUUUUUUGUAUUACUGUAUGUUUUAACUGACUCUUUAUUUUCAAAACGAAUGCUUGAUGUUCUGCUCUAUGUAGCUUUAUAUUAUAUAUAUAUGAUGGAAAUGUGAUACGACUCCUUUUGUAAAGUAAUAUAUGAAUCAUUAAAUGGUGUAGAUUCUUAUACACGUAUUUAAAAAAGUGAUUUCUAUCCAACAGUGCGUGUAAGUACAGACAGGUCUUCCUUUCAGGGGCACGUGCAGCUCUUUAGUCAUUACUCACAACCUAGUCUAUGUAUUGUUCACACUAGGGCUUUGUGGUGCUCAGCACAUCGCCAUUUAGUUACUGUAGUACUUAGCAGAGUCUGUCAAUCUCAGAUGAUUGUUCGAACUUUUCGUUUUCGAUUUCGAACUUUUUGACUGAGAAAUCAUUGCGCACACUUACUCAUUCGGAAAUCUUCGGAAAUUUCAAUAUUUGCGGAAAUUGACGAACAUUACCGAACAUUCACGAUGGUGCUUUUCCGUCUGAAUAUGAAAUCAUGUACAUGAUAUAUGUUCAUACUGGGUAUAUUAUCAUUAUAUUCCAUCGAAACUAUCAAAUUUUGGGUAUACUCAUAAAAAUGAUAAAACAUACUCAUUAACGACUUUAGAGUUUUUACGGUAUAUUUUCAUACCAUGUCAUAUUUUUUUCUCACGUUUAAUGUUAUUUUCGAGACUAACAUCUUUAAUCAUCAUAAGCUUUUUAAUCUCUUUUUGUGCCAAAAGCUUUGUUUUUGAUGGAAUAUUUCUUAAUAUAUUCUCUGAAAUCUGUGAUAGAUAUCGAUAAUAAAUGCAUUACUGGUUGUUGGUAUAAUAAAUAUUAAUCCUUGUAGACUU